GCCGCAAAAUAUCUAUAUUUAUCAUUAUUUUUUUUGAUUCGUUGUAAUGUCUCAUGUAACUGCCGAUUUGGAAUAUUUUAAAUGCGAUUUAUGUGGAGUGUACCUCAGCAAGGACAUUUUUUGUGAUCACCGACGUGAAUGCAAAGGAACAAAUAGUAAAGAGUUGAAAAGAUAUGAGUGCCACGUCCUUCAAAAAGAGCUUGACCGUGAUACCCAGCAAUUAGUGGCUAGCGUAGCAUCUGGGAUGAGUGUUUCUGCUGAUGACGCGGCUGAAAUAGCGAAAGGAUGUAGAUUUACGACCGCUGAACAUCAAAAACGAGCCGAGGCCCGUGUACGGAGCAAGGUUGCGGACAAAUAUCAAGAACGAAUUGACAAAAAGUUUUCUGAAGAACUACUAAACUCUGAGAAAAUGUCUGCUCUUCUUAGCUUUCUGAAGCUUCAUAGUUGAUACUAUGAACCGAACACAUUUUGAGUGUAUGCAAAAGUAUGCAGUUCUGUAUAAGCGAUAAAAAUGUAAGACUGCAAGCAUGUCCAAGAGUGUGUAGUCGAUACAGUCAGCAACUCAUCGUAUCCUUUUUCACCCUCUGUAUGCGCCUUUACUUCCACUAGCUUAUUGUGAAUCACUU